AUGAACGUCCCUCCAUUAUUUCCCAAAUGCUUACCAAAACUUACCGAUAGAUUGUGGUUCGAUGUCGAUCAUCCUUGUGCAGAUGAAGAUGAAGUUUCCCAAUUGGAAAAAGAACAUCAAGAAUGGAUUGAAUCUAUAACCAGAACGCAGUCGGAUUUGCCUCCAAUAGGGAAAACUACUACUGAAAUGGCAGGAGAUGAUGAUGAUGAGGAAGAAGAUGACAAUGAUGAUGAUGAUGACGAUGAUAGUGAAAGCCAUGAUGAGGAGGAAGAAGAUGAAAUUGAAAUAGAAGCUGUUAAUAAUUGAAAAAUGUCUGUAUAUAUAUAUACCUAUAUAUAUGAACUGAGCUCAAAAUCAAGUUCUUCUAAUGCAGGUCUUGAUAUUGUAUAACCUUAUAAAGUAUUAUACGUUAUAGUAUAUAUAAUAUAAUAAUUUUCUUUUAAAAACAAUUAAAACCUUGAAAUUUAUCAACACCUAGCUGUACAACGUUGCCAACUUGAUGUUUUCCUUUGCUCAACUACAAGAUAAAUAAAAAAAGUAGUAAACAGUCCACAGUCCGUAGUCCAAAAACAAACUUAAAGUUAUGGCAACUCGAGCGUUCAAAUCCUUAAUUUUAGGAGCCCCUGCCUCAGGCAAAGGCACAAUUUCCGGUAGAAUAGUGAAAACCUUCAAUUUGGCACACAUUUCCAGCGGUGACAAGCUCAGACAAAACAUCCAAACAGGCACGCCAAUCGGCCAAGAGGCACAAACCUACAUCAAACAAGGCAAAUUGGUACCCGAUAAUGUAAUGAUUAAGUUUAUAAGUGAAGAGCUUCAACAGGCACCCAAUCGAUGGUUAUUAGAUGGGUUUCCUAGGACUGUAGCUCAAGCGGAAGCUUUAUGGGAGUUGCACCGGUUAGAUGUUGCUUUAAACUUAGUUGUGCCUUUUCCUGUGAUUAUAGACAGGGUCAAGGGACGCUGGGUGCAUUUGGCUAGUGGUAGGGUUUACAAUGAAGGGUUUAACGCCCCAAAACAACCUGGAAAGGAUGACGUCACUGGAGAUGCUUUGGUGCAAAGAGAGGAUGAUAAACCUGAAGUGGUGCAAAAACGUUUGGAGCAGUAUGAGCAACUUACAAGGCCUGUUAUAGAGUUUUAUAGAAAAAAGGGGAUUUUGCAAGAGUUUCAUGGCAAAACUUCAGACGAAAUUUGGCCUCAAGUGCUUGAUUGUUUAAGUACAUUUAUACCUUUGGAAAUUACAAAAAGAAUUUAAUUUUGUUAUAAUAUAUUUUGUAUAUUUAUAAUAAUAACAAGACUACUUUUGAUACUUAAAUCUAGUUUUAAUGAUGGUGUUUGUUGUCACUGGGAUGCAUGCGAUCGUAGAGCAUGUUGCCAGCCAUAUGAAGCACAAAAGCUCCAAAUCCCAGUCCGAACCCCCUAAAGAAACACAAUCUAAUACGGUGUGCUGUGGUACCAAAUUCUUUUGUAUUGUAGCGCCAGACUUCGUUACGUAACCAGGGAUCUUUUAGGCCUCUAGCUGCCAAUUUGCGUUCCACUUGGGCCAGUUCUGGGACGUCGGACACUUUGUAUAUACGAUAGUCGGGGAUUUGAUAAGGGGGGCCGUGAUGGUGAUGAUGAUCGCCUCCCAUGAUUUUUAGUUGUAAAAAUAAAAAGUUGAAAAGUGGUUUGUUAUC